CGUGCAGUAACCCCUUUACAUACUGUACAAGACAUGGCUUGGCAUUAGAGAUACAGUCACGAUGCACUGAUCAUCGCCUCCACUAUCUUGCGUCACGCUCAUCAGGCCAUGGAGCAGCCGGCGAGCUACCUCUGCCUCUUCUUGGCUCUCCUCCUCCCUCCCCUGCUCCUCGCGUUUUUUAGGAAUCGUGGCCACGGCGACGGCCUGCGUCUGCCGCCCGGCCCGUGGCGGCUUCCGGUCAUCGGUAGCCUGCACCACCUCGCCGGCAGCCCGCUGGUGCACCACGUCCUGGCCGACUUGGCGCGCCGGCUGGACGCGCCGCUCAUGUACCUCCAGCUCGGUGAGGUGCCCGUGGUGGUGGCCACGUCCCCGGAGGCCGCCCGCGAGAUCAUGCGGACGCACGACGCCGUUCUAGCCACGCGGCCGUGGAGCGCCACCGUCAAGAUCAUGGCCGCCGACGGGGUGGGCAUCAUCUUCGCCCCCUACGGCCCGAUGUGGCGGCAGCUCCGCAGGAUCUGCAUCCUGGAGCUGCUCAGCGCGCGCCGCGUGCAGUCCUUCCGCCGCAUCCGGGAGGAGGAGGUGGGCCGCCUCGUGGCCGCCGUCGCGGAAUCGGCGUCUUCCAACGAGGCCAUCAACGUCAGCGAGCGGAUCACCGCGCUGAUCACCGACUCCACGAAGCGGGCCUUGAUCGGGGACAGGUUUGACAAGACGGAGGAGUUCCUUCAGAUGCUCGAGCAGACCGUCAAGCUCGUCUCCGGGUUCAACCUCACUGACCUGUUCCCGUCGUCGCGGCUCGCGAGCUUCAUCAGCGGCACGGCCAGGCUGGCCGAGGAGACCCACCGCAAGACCUUCGACCUCAUGGAGUACGCCAUUAAGCAGCACGAGGAGGGGAGGGACGGCGCCGCUGCAGAUGGAGAGGACCUGGUGGACGUGCUGUUGAGGAUACAAAAGGAGGGUGGCCUCGAGGUGCCUCUUACUAUGGGAGUUAUCAAAGCAGUUAUACUUGAUCUCUUUAAUGCUGGGAGCGAGACAUCCGCGACCACGCUCCAAUGGGCUAUGUCAGAGAUCGUGAGGUGCCCAAAUGUGAUGCAGAAAGCACAAGCUGAAGUACGCCACAAUCUGCAAGGAAAACCUAAGGUGACCGAGGAUGACUUGGCCAAUCUCAAAUACUUGAGACUCAUCAUCAAGGAGACAAUGAGGUUGCAUCCAGCCGGCCCGUUGCUUCUCCCUCGAGAAGCAACAGAGCCUUGCAAAAUUCUAGGGUACGACAUACCCAAGGGCACCACAGUGUUGAUCAACGCGUGGGCAAUCAGCAGAGACCCUAAGCACUGGGAAGACCCUGAGGACUUUAAGCCAGAAAGAUUUGAGUCUGGCAUCGUAGACUUUAAAGGCACGAACUUUGAGUACACUCCUUUUGGAUCGGGACGAAGAAUAUGCCCUGGAAUGAUAUUUGCGGAAGCCAACAUGGAAAUUGUGCUUGCUACACUUCUCUACCAUUUUGACUGGGAGCUCCCAGGUGGGGCUAAGGUUGAAGAGGUGGACAUGACAGAAAAGAUGGGCAUUACCGUCGGGCGGAAGAACGACUUGUACAUGCAUGCCUUGGUCCGUGUGCCCCCGGUUUGAUUGACACUGUAUUGAUAUCGGAUUAGCAAAUCUCAUGUACUAGUGAUAUUUUUGUGCCUUCCUCCAAUAGGGAUUCUGAUCGAAGUAUUGAUUACCUAAUUAUGAAUACAAUCGCUAUGUAAGAACCGAGUUACACUGUGUCGGACAU